GCCACGCAUUAUGUAAUCAUGUUGGAAAGGUCGUGCGUGACGUAGGCGGAAGUCCGACGGUAAGGGCGAAUCUCAUUUUCUCCUCCAACUUCAAAAUCAUCCGACAACAUUGUUUUACCUUUUUUUUGUUUAUUUUUUUUUUUGUAAAGGGCGUUUGACUUAGUCUUUGCACUUUCGCUUUGAAGACACUGGAUCGGUACUUACACCUACGUCACGCGUGACCUUUCCAACGUGAUUACGUAAUGUGUGGCACAUCACAGAGCAAGACAAGAAUUCAUGGUUAAAAAGUAUAUAAUUUUUUUAUUUUUUUUAGAAAAUGACCGAUCAUUUCACUAGAUAAGACCCUUAUUCCUCGGCUGGGAUUGUGUAGAGCCCUUUGAAGCUGCAAUUUGGACCUUCAACCCCAUUGAAGUCCACUAUAUGGAGAAAAAUGCUGAAAUGUUUUCCUCAAAAACCAUAAUUUCUUUUCGACUGAAGAAAGAAAGACAUAAACAUCUUGAAUGACAUGGGGGUGAGUAAAUUAUCAGAACAUUUUCAUUCUGAAGUGAAAUAAUCCUUUAAAAGCUAAAUGUGUUGCUAAUUCACUGUUAAUUAGCAUAGUAUAGUAAGCCACAGUGUAGUACAGUUAUAGUAUAUAGGUUAUUAGUUAUAUGUGACCCUGGACCACAAAAACAGUCAUAAGUCACACAGGUAUAUUUGUAGCAAUAGCCAACAAUACAUGGUAUGGGUCAAAAAUAUUGAUUUUUCUUUUAUGCCAAAAAUCAUUAGGAUAUUAAGAUCAUGUUCCAUGAAGAUAUUUAGUAAAUUUCCUACUGUAAACUAGAGCUGCAGGUUAAUCGUAAAAAGAUCGCGAUCUCGAUUCAAGCACCCACGCGAUCCUACUUUAUUAAUGACAACGAUUCUCCCGCGUCUAUUAAACCUUUGACAAAAUCAUACCGGAACGUUCAAAUCUGUGUUCGUGCUGCCAGAGCCAGAGAGAGCCGUUUUGAAUCACACAUUAGUUAUUUCUGUGUUACAAAUAUUCACAUUAUCACAGAAGUACUGUGAUAUAAGUUUUAAGUUAGUAUUUAAACAACGAUGUCUACGAUAGCGAUCAAAAUAGAGCAAACAACCUUUUGAAACGAACUUGGCACGUCAAAUAACGGUUGUAUCAAUUGCAUCUAAUUCCACUAGGUGGCGACAACUGACUGUUAAAAAAUGUAUUUGUCAUUGAAUCGUUCAUUCAAAAGAUUCGUUCAAAAACACUAUUCAUCAUUCAUUUAUUAAUGAGUCAUUGAAUUCAUUCAAAACCAUUUUUAAAUAAUUCAUUCAAACAUUUUCCAGCAAUUAGAGUCAGCAAUUUAUAUUUUGUCAGAACCUCUAGUAAAUUACAUGUUAUUUUGUUUGGUUGUAUAUUCAGAAUCGUGGGAGAAUCGUGAUCUCUAUUUGAAACCAAAACAAUUGUGAUUCUCGUUUUAUCCAAAAUCGUGCAGCUACUGUAAACAUAUCAAAAAUUUAUUUUCGUGAGUGGAUAUGCAUUGCUAAGGACUUCAUUUGGACAACUUUAAAGGUGAUUUUCCUCAAUAUUUUGAUUUUUUUUUUUUUUUUUUUUUUUUUUUGCACCCUCAGAUUCCAGAUUUUCAAAUAGUUGUAUCUCGGCCAAUAUUGUCCUAUCCUAACAAACCGUACAUCAAUGGAAAUUGAUAAAUCCAAUUUAUGUAUAAGUCUCAAUUUCAAAAAAUUGACCCUUAUGACUGGUUUUGUGGUCCAGGGUCACAUAUAAUAUAGAUUAGUAUAGUUUAUCUCAUGCAAAAGUGCACUUACACACUAUUUUUAUUGUUAAUGCAGUGUUGCAUAAUAUAGCAGGAUAUAGUACAGCUUUGUUGUCUAUAGUAUAUAUGGUACGCUAAUCUGUUAAUAAAAAUAAUAAAUGAAGAGAAAUGCAAUUAAAAAGAUGUUUUAAUAGGUUAAAAAAUGUUAAAUUAUUAAAAAUAAUAAGAAGAAUGCUCUUUUUAAUAGGUUUGGUUAAAGUUACAUUGUUAAUGCAGAGUAAAGUGUAACAUAAUACAGCAGGCUAUAGUGUAGUACAGCACUGCUGACUAUAUUAUAGUGUGGUUUGCCUCUUUAGAACUGGAGCUCUUACUAUGACAUAAUAUAGAAGCGUAGUAUAGCAAUAGUAUGCCCUAUGUCUUUUAAUUGUUAACGUAGAGCAGUUUCUUUACUGUGGUAAAGUUUGCAUUUAGCACGCAUGCCCUGUGCUGAACGAGUCUUUCUGUCCGGCCCAAAGUCACAUCUGAGGAUGUGCGAGAAAAUAUCCGGUUUCAACUGACUGGCAGCGACAGCCGGAGAACUAAAAGUGGCGUCUUCCCACGGGACCUCCUCACCGCAUGUGAGCGCCUGAACGGAUACCGAACGCAGCGCGCUAAAGAUGAGCGCACCUGCCAUGAUACAACUUAGUGGCGCAGCCGCGUAACUGUAGUAUGGACCAGCUAUGUUGUCCCGAAAAGGACUCAUUCCCGAAGACUAUUUGUUGACUCGGUUGGCGGAGGAUGUUUUACAGCCCAAAUUCAAGUCUAAACCGCGGAAGGCGCGAUUCGUCGCCAAGAACGGCGCGUGCAACGUCGCCCACACGAACAUACGCGAACAAGGACGGUUUCUACAGGACGUGUUCACCACUCUAGUGGAUCUAAAAUGGCUUCAUACUCUACUGAUCUUCACUAUGUCCUUCCUGUGCAGUUGGCUAUUGUUCGGGAUGAUCUGGUGGCUCAUCGCCUUCGGGCACGGAGACCUGGACCCGAAAGGUGACGACUUUGUGCCGUGCGUAACGGACAUCCACUCGUUCUCCUCCGCCUUCCUGUUCUCCAUUGAAGUCCAGGUGACCAUCGGUUUCGGCGGACGGAUGAUCACGGAGGAGUGUGUUUCGGCCAUCGUGAUACUGAUCAUUCAGAACAUAGUCGGUCUGGUGAUCAAUGCCAUCAUGUUAGGAUGCAUCUUCAUGAAAACAGCGCAAGCAAACCGGCGGGCGGAAACCCUCAUCUUCAGCAAACACGCGGUUAUAACAGUCCGAAACAACAAGCUGUGCUUCAUGUUUCGCCUCGGUGACUUGAGGAAGAGCAUGAUCAUCAGUGCCACCGUCCACGUGCAGGUAGUGCGGAAGACCUUCACCAAUGAGGGCGAGAUGGUGCCUUUGGAUCAAAUAGACAUCCAGAUGGACAACCCGGUGGGCACCAACAGCAUCUUUCUGGUGUCUCCCCUCAUCAUAAGCCACGUUAUUGACAAAAACAGCCCGCUGUAUGAUCUAUCCGCGGCUGAUCUGCAGCACGAGGACAUUGAGGUGAUUGUCAUACUGGAGGGGGUGGUGGAGACCACCGGCAUCACCACCCAAGCGCGGACCUCUUACCUGUCCGAGGAGAUAUUAUGGGGUGAGAGGUUUGUGCCUACGGUGUCUGAAGAAGAAGGGAUGUAUGCUGUGGACUAUUCCAAGUUUGGAAAGACCAUUAAAGUGGCAACGCCGAGCUGCAGCGCGCGGGCGCUGGAUGAGGCGGGAGGGUUGGAGAGGUUUAAACUGCCGGAGUCCAGCAGCGCAGGCGCGUCAAUGAGGAGAAGAAUCCUCAAACAUCAACACACCAACGAAAUAUCAUGAAUUUAUUCUGUCGUUAACCUCCUGAGACUAGUCUUCGUGUUAUAGGUUAUUUUAAUAAAAAUCUAUCUAUCUAUCUAGUAAUAAUAAUUUAUAUAGCCUAUAAAGUCGAUAGAUAGAUAGAUAGAUAGAUAGAUUUUUAUUAAAAUAACCUAUAUUUAUUUUAAAGAAUGACAUGAUCACAAAAACAUUAAAAUAUAUUUAUAACAGCAAAACAGCGUCCAUGUUAUGUCCACUGCAGUGGGCAGAAAUAAAUUGGUAAGUCUCAGGAGGUUAAUGCUGAAAUACUACGUUUGUAUGUAUAGUAAAACACUAGGGCAAUAUUACAUAGGCGUAUAAUAUUACAUGUUUUUGUUUAGUGAGGAUAUUCGGUUCUAAGAAAUACGAAUGCACUGUUUUUGUGUUCAUAUAAAGUUCUCUUAUUGAGAGAUGUGCACGUUUGAAUAAAGCUCUCAGGGUAUUGAAUGACUAUGCACAUGCUUUGAGGAAGCGCAUGACGUUUAAUAAAAAUACCUGUUUUAUGCUUGCCUUGUUAUAAAUAAACCAGCCUGUUUGUAUUUAA